UUGUUUUCUUUUUGUUUUGUUACCGCUGUGCAUUUUGUCCACAGUUCGCCGCGUGGCUCCCCGCUUCUCCAUCCCACCCACCAGCCACGAGAUCAUGCCGGGGGGUAACGUGAACAUAACAUGCGUGGCUGUUGGUUCGCCUAUGCCGUAUGUUAAAUGGAUGCAGGGGGCCGAAGACCUGACCCCAGAAGACGACAUGCCCGUUGGACGGAACGUUCUCGAGCUGACCGACGUGAAGGAUUCCGCGAACUACACGUGCGUCGCCAUGUCUAGUCUGGGGGUCAUUGAAGCAGUGGCACAGAUCACCGUCAAAUCCUUUCCCAAAGCUCCAGGGACUCCUAUUGUCACCGAGACCACAGCCACCAGCAUCACCAUUACCUGGGACUCCGGGAACCCGGACCCCGUGUCCUAUUACGUGAUCGAGUACAAGUCGAAGAGCCAGGACGGGCCGUACCAAAUCAAGGAGGACAUCACCACCACCCGCUACAGCAUUGGGGGGCUCAGUCCCAACUCAGAAUAUGAGAUCUGGGUGUCGGCGGUGAACACAAUUGGGCAGGGCCCUCACAGCGAUUCCGUAGUGACCCGCACGGGGGAGCAGGCGCCUGCCAGUGCCCCCCGAAAUGUUCAGGGCCGGAUGUUGAGCGCUUCAACCAUGAUCAUUCAGUGGGAGGAGCCGGUAGAACCCAAUGGCCAGAUCCGGGGGUACAGGGUGUAUUACACCAUGGAGCCAGAUCAGCCAGUCAGCAACUGGCAGAAACACAACGUGGACGAUAGCCUCUUGACCACCGUGGGUAGCCUUCUGGAGCACGAGACCUACACCGUGCGAGUCCUCGCGUUCACGUCCGUGGGGGACGGCCCGCUCUCGGAUCCCAUCCAAGUGAAAACUCAACAAGGAGUUCCCGGGCAACCGAUGAAUUUCCGAGCAGAGGCCAAGAGCGAGAGCACCAUCUUACUGACCUGGAGCCCUCCACGCCAGGACAUUAUCCUGAAGUAUGAACUCCUCUACAAGGAAGUCAGCAACAAACCAGGGAACCCCGAGUUUUUGAAGACUUUUGACCCAGUGACCUCCUUCCUGGUGAAAGAACUGAAUCCCAACACAGAAUAUGUCUUCCAAUUGGCGGCUCGCUCAGCUUUGGGCCUUGGGGCCCCGACACCGGAGGUCAGGGAGCGCACGCUGCAGUCUAAACCGUCUGCCCCCCCUCAAGACGUAAAAUGUGUCAGCACCAGGUCCACGGCCAUUCUGGUAAGUUGGCAACCUCCUCCCGUUGAGAGCCAAAACGGUGUCUUGGAAGGCUAUAGCGUGCGAUACCGAGCCCUGGACCCGGAGGUCACGGAACUGAAAGAGGUGACGGAUAUUCCUCCAACAACCACUCAAAUCUUCCUGGAAGCCCUGGAGAAGUGGACGGAGUACCGCAUCACCGUGGUGGCGCAUACGAUGGUGGGGCCUGGCCCAGAAAGCUCGCCUGUCAUAGUCCGUACCGACGAAGAUGUGCCCAGCGCUCCACCCCGUAAGGUGGAAGUGGAGGUUCUCAAUUCGACUGCCAUCCAAGUCUUCUGGCGCUCCCCGGUCCAGAACCGCCAGCACGGGCAGAUACGUGGUUACCAAGUUCAUUAUGUGCGCAUGGAGAACGGAGAAGCCAGUGGGUUGCCCCAGAUCAAGGAUGUGAUGUUGGCUGAUGCCCAGGAAAUGAUCAUCUCUGGGCUGCAGCCAGAGACCACCUACUCCGUCACAGUCGCUGCCUACACCAUGAAAGGAGACGGGGCCCGGAGCAAGCCGAAACAGGUCGUGACCAAAGGAGCAGUCCCAGGAAAACCGAUCCUGUCCGUGUAUCCCACCCAAGAAAACUCUCUCCUGGUCAAAUGGGAGCCCCCUCUGGAAGCCGAAAGCCAAGUGCUGGGUUACCGCCUCCAGUUUGGCCGCAAGGACGUCGACCCACUGGCCACUCUGGAAUUUGCAUCCCAGGAGGACAAAUACACCGCCACCCACGUCCAUAAAGGUGCCACGUACGUCUUCAAGCUGGCCGUGAAAAGCCGGGCUGGCUUCGGGGAGGAAGCGUUGCAGGAGAUCACCAUCCCAGAAGACGUGCCAAAGGGUUACCCCCAGAUUCUUGAGGCGAGCAACAUCACCUCCAGAUCGGUCCAGGUCAAGUGGCUGCCCCCUGUCUUAGCCGAGAGGAACGGCGUCAUCGUCAAGUACACUGUGGCAUACCGAGAGGCCAUCUCUUCAGGAAACCCCCAGGAGAAAGAGCUGCCUCCCUCUCCAGAAAACUCAUACACCCUGAAUGGUCUCAAGCCCAACACCGCUUACGAUGUUAAAAUCCGAGCACAUACCAGUAAAGGUCCCGGGCCGUACAGCCCAACUGUUCAAUAUCGGACGGUCCUUCUGGAUCAAGUUUUUCCCAAAAACUUCAGAGUGAAAAUGGUCACCAAGACAUCGGUUCUUCUGGGCUGGGAGUUUCCUGAGAAUUACAACUCUCCUAUUUCAUACAAGAUCCGGCAUGAGAACACCGGCCAAGAGAUUGAGGUGGGUGGGAGUGCCACCAAGAAGCUUAUCACCAAUCUGAAGCCACAAACAUCUUACCGAUUCUCCCUCCUGGGCCAGAGAAGCGACAAAGGAGAUCUCCAGCAGAAAGUGGUGGUUUCUACCGCAGCCAAUAUGCUCAACAGGAAACCAGAGGUGUCUUACCGGCAUGAAAUAGACGGCAACAUAGUGGUGAAUCUACCAGAUGUCAGAAAUUCAGACUCCUCCGUUCAAGCAUAUUACAUUGUGGCGGUACCCUUGAAGAAAUCCAAAAGUGGCCAGUUCCAGAAUCCAUACAGUAGUCCAGAAGAAAUGGAUUUAGAAGAGCUAAUUCAGCAGAUCUCAAGACUUCAGCGGCGCAGCCUCCGCCAUUCCCGCCAGUUGGAUCCCCACAAGGCGUACAUUGCAGCCCGUUUCCACAGCCUGCCCCCUUACUUCAUCCUUGGGGACAUGAAGCGCUAUGACAACUUCGAGAACAAAGCCCUGGAAGCCGGGCAGAAAUAUGUCAUUUUCGUUUUGGCCGUUCUGCAGGCCAAUGAAGCCGUGUAUGCUGCCAGUCCCUUCUCUGAUCCAAUCCAGAUGGACAGCUCUGAUCCCCAGCCCAAGAUUGAAGGCGAGGAGGGGCUGAUCUGGGUGAUUGGACCGGUUUUAGCUGUAGUCUUUAUUAUCUGCAUUGUUAUUGCAAUCCUUCUGUACAAGAACAAGCCAGACAGCAAACGCAAAGACUCAGAGCCCCGGAUCAAGUGCUUGCUGAAUAAUGCUGAGAUCACACCUCACCACCCCAAGGAUCCUGUGGAGAUGCGGCGCAUCAACUUCCAGACACCAGGUAUGCUGAACCAUCCACCAAUCCCCAUUUCAGAACUGGCAGAUCACACGGAGCAUCUGAAAGCCAAUGAUAAUCUGAAGCUGUCUCAGGAAUAUGAGUCCAUUGAUCCUGGGCAACAGUUUACCUGGGAACACUCCAACCUCGAGGUGAAUAAGCCCAAAAACCGCUAUGCCAACGUGAUCGCCUAUGAUCAUUCUCGGGUCAUCCUCCUGCCUAUUGAAGGCCUCCUAGGGAGCGACUACAUUAAUGCCAACUACAUCGACGGGUACCGCAAGCAGAACGCCUACAUCGCCACCCAGGGCCCUUUGCCAGAGACCUUUGGUGACUUCUGGCGGAUGGUUUGGGAGCAGCGUUCCGCCACGGUGGUGAUGAUGACAAAGCUGGAAGAGAAAUCCAGGAUCAAGUGUGACCAGUACUGGCCAGGCCGGGGCACGGAGACCUAUGGGAUGAUCCAAGUUACCUUGUUAGAUACCAUUGAGUUGGCCACAUUCUGUGUCCGGACCUUCUCUCUCCACAAGAAUGGUUCCAGUGAGAAGCGUGAAGUGCGCCAGUUCCAGUUCACAGCCUGGCCAGAUCAUGGAGUUCCUGAAUAUCCCACCCCAUUUCUGGCUUUUCUGAGGAGAGUGAAAACGUGCAACCCGCCUGAUGCUGGGCCCAUUGUUGUGCACUGCAGUGCUGGGGUUGGGAGGACUGGCUGUUUCAUUGUAAUCGAUGCCAUGCUGGAGAGAAUAAAGCAUGAGAAGACAGUGGACAUUUAUGGGCAUGUCACCCUCAUGAGGUCCCAGCGAAAUUACAUGGUGCAGACAGAAGACCAGUACAGUUUCAUACACGACUCUUUGCUAGAAGCUGUUGCUUGUGGAAACACGGAGGUCCCCGCUCGGAACCUGUACACCUAUAUCCAGAGGUUGGCACAGAUAGAAGUGGGGGAACAUGUCACAGGCAUGGAGCUGGAAUUCAAGAGACUGGCCAACUCCAAAGCUCACACCUCCAGGUUCAUCAGUGCCAACCUUCCCUGUAACAAAUUCAAGAAUCGCCUUGUCAACAUCAUGCCAUACGAGACCACACGGGUUUGCCUUCAGCCUAUCCGCGGAGUCGAGGGCUCCGACUACAUCAAUGCCAGCUUCAUUGAUGGAUACAGGCAACAGAAGGCUUACAUCGCCACCCAGGGACCAUUGGCCGAGACCACAGAGGACUUCUGGCGCAUGCUUUGGGAGAACAAUUCAACCAUUGUGGUGAUGUUGACCAAGCUGCGAGAGAUGGGUCGGGAAAAGUGCCAUCAGUACUGGCCAGCCGAAAGGUCUGCACGGUAUCAGUACUUUGUGGUGGACCCCAUGGCUGAAUAUAACAUGCCUCAAUACAUCCUCCGAGAAUUCAAGGUCACCGACGCCAGAGACGGCCAGUCAAGAACCGUGCGUCAGUUCCAGUUCACCGACUGGCCGGAACAAGGUGUGCCAAAAUCUGGCGAAGGCUUUAUUGAUUUCAUUGGGCAGGUCCACAAAACCAAGGAGCAGUUUGGACAAGAUGGACCGAUUUCUGUCCACUGCAGUGCGGGAGUAGGCAGGACCGGCGUCUUCAUCACACUGAGCAUCGUACUAGAGAGAAUGCGCUACGAAGGUGUGGUGGAUAUCUUCCAGACCGUGAAGAUGCUGAGGACACAAAGGCCUGCCAUGGUGCAGACAGAGGACGAAUAUCAGUUCUGUUACCAAGCGGCCCUGGAGUACCUUGGAAGUUUUGAUCACUAUGCAACAUAAAAAGGAAAGGAAACUUUUCAAAAGCCAUUCGUUGUGCAGACUCCUGUCUGAGCUACGAGAAGCUAGCCUCGACCUUUCUAAACACCUACAGACUGAAUCAGAAAAACGUUACCUCCCGAUACACCCAUUUCGGAUGCUAAUGCGAGGAGGGAGGCGCGAGGGGAGGGCGGAGCAGCGACACCCCACCCUUCCUCCGAGGCGCUGCGUCUCCAAAAGGAACUUUCCCCAUUUCUGCCUGUGUUUCCAAACCCCAGACUGCAGAGCAUCCACAGGGUGGCUCAGAACCAGGGCGGGAGUUUUCCUUCUUUUUCUUCUUUUUAAGUGGCGAACUUGUUGUUCUUACCUCAUCUGGUGUUUACGGUGUGGAGAGCACAUGGGCCGCGUGGAGCUGAUCCAGACCCGUAUUGAAACUUCAUAAUACAGCAGAUGCUUGCCUCGUCCACACCUUGGAGAACAGCAGUCCGGUUGGGAAACCAUGCCCAAGAACGAGAGAGAGAGAGAGAGAGAGAAACAGCUGAUGGGGUGGGGGAAUAGCAAAAGAAGAUUUUGACCACAACAGUAACAUUUUAGGGUUCAGUUUACAUACUAAUCUUGUUGGCAGACUUUAAAGGAAGCCACUUAGGUGUGCUAAAGAGGCAAACAAAGCAAAUUUUGCAUCAGGUACGGCCGAGCAAUCUCAUUGGAAUCGCAGGGCUCAGUUUCCGCCAAGGCGGUUUAGCUGUCCUGCUGCCUCUUUCUCAGCUUAGCUUCUGAACACUUUAACAUUCCUCUUCUUUUACCACUGCAGAAUUUUUACGUCAAAAAGCGAACCAAAACAGGCAAUAAGUUAUUACAUGCCCCAGACGUUUCACAAAGAUGCAAAAUCCCCAGUAUUUACCGCUCCGCCCCCCACCCCCCGCGUAUUCUAAACUCUGAAUUUUGGAAAUCUGCAAUGCAGUUCUACAUAUCUUCUCUUCUCCAGAUUUCAGAAGGGUGGCGCCAUGGAGAUUUGAAGUACAUUUAACACCGGUCAACAUUUCUUUCUUUCUUUCUUUCUUUCUUUCUUUCUUUCUUUCUUUCUUUCUUUCUUUCUUUCUUUCUUUC